CAGCAGGGGCUGGGUCGGUCGGCCGGUCGCCUGAGAGGCGGUAGUCACGUUGGCCCCAGUCCUGCGGUGAGCAGCCGUGUCGCCCAGCGCCGCUGCAGCAGCGCGGCACCCAGCACCACGACAGCAACCAACCAUGAAGCUGAUCCGCGCGCUGGCGACCCUGCUGGGGGACAUGCAGCUACUGGACGCCGCCCUGGAGAGCCGCAGUCGGGACUGUCGAGUGGGCUGGAUCUGUGUGGACGGCCUCGUGUCCACACUGCGUGGUAUUGCUCAGGUGAUUUUUGUGAACAACCCGCUAUCUGGAGCACUGAUCCUGGCUGGACUGAUGUGCAGCAACAUCUUCACCGGCCUGGCUGCGAUGGUGUCGGUCAUCAUCGCUCUGCUUGUCUCCAAGCUGUUUGACCAGCCGAACGCGGCGAUCCGGGCCGGUCUGACCUCAUUCAGUGCCUGUCUGGUGGGUACGGUCACUGUGGAGCUGGCUCCACUGCUAUACCAACAACCAGUCGGCAUCGCCCUCUUCCUCUGGCUCGCCUUGAUGUCUGCACUAAGUGUUCCAGUGGGUGGCGGUCUGGGGAACAUCCUCGGCCAGUUCCAGCUGCCCGCCUUUACCCUGCCCUUCAACGUGGUGACGUCAGUGCUGUUCCUGUUCCUCCACGACACACCGCCCUCCCUGGAGGUGACGAAGACGGCCGCGAACGUCACCGCCAGCGCCGUACAGUGGGAUCAGGUGUUACUGGGCUCGGUGUACAGCAUGGGCCAGGUGUACGCCUCCUACUCGCUGCCGGGCAGCGUGCUGAUGUACAUGGCCUGUCUGCUCUGCUCGCCUAUCUUGGCAGCGGCCUCGUACGUCGGAGCUCUCACCGGCACACUGCUCGGACUGGCGUUGGGCACUGCUCCAUACGAUAACGUAUAUAAUGGAGUCUGGGGCUAUAACGGCAUCCUAGCGGCGGAGGGCAUCAUGUUCUUCUUUGUGCCGUCACUGCACUCUGCUUGCCUGGCUCUGAUCAAUGCUGUUUUCGCCACCAUGCUGCAGGCAGCGCUAAGCAUAAGUAUGAAACAGACGAGUUUGCCGGUCUUUACAUUUCCGUUCGUAAUAUCCACGCUGCUGCUGAUGGCUGUCACCACCACGGGCUCAGGCCUGACACGCGUCAAGGCGCUGCGCUACCCGGAACUCCACCUGCGGGAACGAGUCCGCAGGCGGCAGCCGGGCGCGGAUCCGGUCGGCCAGGGUCAGGAGCCACCCCAGGGCAUCGGCAGCCCCCCGCCAGAUGCGUAGAUCGUCGGGCCCGUUUAGCCGGGAGGAAGACGUUGACGUCCUGUCGUAGUCGUGGACUUGUUGUGCGAGACACAUGUGAGAUCGAGCGCUCGAUUCACAUUGGAUCUGUGCCCAGCCUUUACGUGCGCUCUAGUUGUUGGACAUACUGUGAAGGUGUGAGCGAGUAAACUACUUCGGUAGUUUUUACCUAAUUCAUGUGCUGCAUUGCAAACUGGAAUAACCAUUGUGACACCCGAUGGCCUUCCUUGCGCCUCGUGACUUCCAUAACCCAUCUUUCAUUGCGACAUAUUCUUAAUAACCAUCAUCAUGUGUAGAUGUGCCCUGGUUCAAAUAAGUAAAUAAAUAACAAAGUACUCAGCCAAUAUAGUAUUUCGAACACUAGCGUGUAUCGGGAAUGAAAUUGCUAUAUCUCCAAGGAGAUAUGAAGCACUUGUUACAAGCGAGUAGUGCACACGUACGCACCUGUUAAUUAAAAGAAGA